CUCUGUCAACUGUUGUGGUGUCCCAGAUAAUUUUGCAACAGUUUUUGAUUGGUAGGUGAACCGUCUCCAUAUCUCAAUGUCAAGGACAACUGUCAGUUAUAAUUUACACUCAUAAACAUGGUUUGUAGAUACUUUUAAGUUUUUUGUUCGGUUGUGUUCUUAUCCUCACACUCCAUUAUUUUCAUGAAUUCGUUAGUGGUGGACGGCGAGGGCAGCUGGGUUUCCACUCUUCUUCUUCUUCUUCUUCUUCUUCUUCUGUCUUAUGAUUGGAUUUUCUGUAAUGGAUUUCUUUGGAAUACCUUCAUCGAUAAAUCUAUCAACCGAGAGGAUUAUAUAUAGGGGAUUGAAAGUGUACUUGGUGGAGAGCAAAGGAGGUGCCAUUGUAUGUAUGCUGCUUGCCUUGAUCUUCUUAGGCACAUGGCCUGCUAUUCUGACUCUCCUGGAAAGACGUGGUCGUCUUCCUCAACAUACUUACCUUGACUACACGAUCACAAAUCUCUUGGCUGCUGUAAUUAUAGCUUUAACAUUUGGGGAGAUAGGCAAGGGCACAAACGAUUCACCCAAUUUUUUAACUCAACUUUCUCAGGAUAACUGGCCCUCUGUUUUGUUUGCAAUGGCUGGUGGGGUGGUGCUCAGCCUUGGCAAUCUUUCUGCACAGUAUGCUUGGGCUUUUGUUGGUUUAUCAGUGACACAAGUGAUCACUGCAAGCAUAACCGUUGUUCUAGGCACAACAAUAAAUUACUUUUUGGAUGACAAAAUCAACAAAGCUGAGAUCCUUUUCACUGGUGUUGGUUGCUUCUUGGCUGCGGUUUGUCUUGGCUCUGCUGUUCACGCAUCCAAUGCAGCAGAUAAUAAAGAAAAGCUAAAAAAUUUGCCAAGUGGUUAUAUAGUUGGAGCUGAGGCUAUGGAUGUUUCCAUGUCUAAAGAAACAAUUACAAACAAUGUUGGAGAGAAGGAUAUUGAAGAUGGAAAUGGUUCUGCAGAGAAAGCCAAAGCUGGGACUGCUGGUUUUCUCAUAGAACUAGAGAACAGAAGAGCUAUUAAGGUGUUUGGGAAGAGCACUUUAAUUGGACUGGCCAUAGCUUUCUUUGCUGGUGUCUCCUUGUCUCUAUUCUCACCAGCAUUCAAUUUGGCGACAAAUGACCAAUGGCACACUUUAAAGGAAGGGGUUCCUCACUUGUCAGUCUAUACUGCAUUUUUCUACUUCUCAGUCUCUUGUUUUGUCCUUGCCAUCAUUCUAAACAUCACCUUCCUUUACCACCCUGUACUAAGUUUACCUAGAUCUUCCCUUAAGGCUUACCUGAGAGACUGGAAUGGCCGAGGCUGGGCCUUUUUGGCUGGGAUUUUAUGUGGGUUUGGCAAUGGUCUCCAAUUUAUGGGAGGUGAAGCUGCAGGAUAUGCAGCUGCAGAUGCAGUUCAGGCACUUCCACUCGUGAGCACUUUUUGGGCCAUCCUACUCUUUGGAGAGUAUCGAAAAUCAUCACGAAGAACAUAUAUAUUGCUUGUCAGUAUGCUGUUUAUGUUUAUUGUAGCUGUUGGAGUUCUUAUGGCAUCAUCAGGGCAUCGAAAAUAAUCAUGCAGCUGAAAGAUCGUUGUCUGGAAAUUGUAUAAAGCACAAGUAAACAAUCCAAGUUGAAACAGUUGUAAAGAGCUUCCAUCUAACGUGAUGAAACAGUUCGCUCAAAAGCAUUGUAAAUUUCUUGGUACUGAAUAAUAAAACAAGAAGACAGCUUAAUGUAAAUGACAUACAAACAUGUUCGAGAAUCAUAAUCAAGUUAUUUCUGA